AUGCCGCAAAUAGCGGGGGCCGGAUACCCAGUCUCGAUGCACGCGCAGCCUCCACACGCCUACAUGUCUGGUCCUCCACCCAUGCCUAUGCAGGUGCGCCAACACCAAAUGCCUGUCGUCGUUAUGCCCUACCGCUCUAAAGCGACUGACCGCGUAUUCAAGAGAAAGAAACCACGCAGGCCCGAAUACUAUAGCGACCAAUCCAGUUGCGAGAGCAGCAGCACUAGCGAUGCGGACUAUUCCUCUAGCUCCGAAUUUCAAUUUAGAGGUUCGAGAGGUUCCAAGAAGCGGUGGUUAAAGAAAAAGAAAAAACGAAACGUGCUAACUCCCGUCAUUUCUUAUGUGACAAGAAGCGGUCGCGUCGUUUAUCAGAAAAAAAUAAAGAAGGAGAACCCUAGUGACUGGCUGCAAAUGGGGAGAAGAAAAAUUCCUUUUGACCUGCAGCAGAACAGCCGGCAAGUGGACACCGGCAGCGCAGAGAUCACAGUACGCGAUUUGAAAAAACAAUUUAGACUAAAGAAAUACAGACAUAGACAUUGA